GCAACACUGAGUACAGAGUAUGAGAAAUAAGGUGACAAGUGUCAUCAAGUUGAUAUUAAUAUUUUAUUUUCACUAGGUAGAUCAAAACCUAGAAUCUAGGCCUUUUGCAAAGUAGACAGUGAUGGACUGAAAAAUGCCUAUUAGCGUUUUUCUUUAUUAUGUAGCGGUAUCUACAUAAGCCACAUUUAUUUUAAACAAACGUUUUGGAAACAGCUGUUGACUAAAUACCAUUUUUCUACAGUCCUAAAUAUGGGUUCUAAUGAAGACAUAAUAAAAUCCAUAAAAAGUUACCAGGAACGCUUGGAACGUUAUGCUUCAAACAAAAAUGAGGAUAAGAUGUUAUAUGUGGUAAGAAAACUUGAUAAACUUCCAAUAAAUACUGCUCAUUUAGAGAAUACUGGUGUUGGCAGAACAGUUAAUGCAUUGAAAAAGCAUGGAGGAAAAAUAGGAGAAGCUGCUAAAGAGCUUGUUGUUUCAUGGAAAGAUAUGGUAAUGAGAGAAGAACAGGCCAGCCAAGAAAAUAUCAGAGAUGAACAUGAGGAGGAAGAUGUAGAUUCUGUAUACUCAAGCGACCAUGAAACAGAUAAUUUCAUUAUAGAGGAAAAUGGUAGUCCUAGAAAUGAUCGUUCAAAUUCUUAUCCUGAAAAUUAUUAUUGUAAUGAUUAUGGCGAAGAUCAUGUGAAUAGUAUUAAUAAAAAAUAUGAAAAUGAGGUUGCAAAAAAAAAAAAGUCGGAAAUCAAACAAGGAUACUCUGCAAACAUUCCGGAAGAACAGAAAAAAUCGGCUAAAAAAAGAGAGCAUACAGCUGAUUGUGAUGACGAAAAACAUAAGGCAAAAAAAUCCAAGAGAUACCAUGAGUCUAGAAGUACAAACACCAAUGAUAAGUAUGAUGAUAAAUUAGACAUACAUGAAUCAAAAAAAAAAGUUAAAGACUCUAAAAGUAGAGACACUUCUUCCAAAUCUAAAUCAGAAAAACAAGAAAGAGAAGACAAUGAGUCAGGAAAAUCUCACCAUCAUUCAGAUAAGCAAGAUUCACAUACAUCAAAAUCACAUUCAAGUUCAGAAAAGUACAACAAACAUAGAGAAAGAGAAGAACCUGAUGAUAAAAAAUGUAACUCAAAAAAAAUUGAGAAAAAGCACAAAUCACAUCAUGAAAAGCAUAAUGUCGCUAAAAAGGCAAGUAACUAUGAAGACUAUUAUUCUGAUUCAAAAUCUAUAGAAAGUAAAGAAAAGAGCAAAAAACACCAUACAAAAAGUAAAGAACUGAAGUCCGUUAAUAAGGAUAAAAUACUUAAUGGUAUAGAUUCGGAAUCUGGUGCAAGUUUUGCAGAAGCUUUGGGAAUGUGUGGGCCUAAAACCAUCCCUAGCAUUAAGAAAAAGUCUUCAUCUUCUAUAAGCUCAGAUAAACACCGAAACAGUUCAAAUUUAGAACCAGAAACAUCUGCAGGGAGUUCCAGUGCAUAUAAGUGUAGUAUUUCAAAAUCAGUUCCUGUAGAUCAAGAAACGGUUCCUGAUUUACUAAUAGAUAAAGAACUGGAACCCCUCAAUAUAAAUAUAGCUAGUCUUUUACCUGAGAUAUCUCCAAAUUAUAGACCACUUGGGGUUAACUUAGACUCACAACCAAAACGUGUUAUGACUGAUGAUGAAGCUUUGAGUAAAGUGAUGUCUAAUAGAAAUCAAAGAACAAAAGUAUAUUCUGGAAAUAAGUCAUUUGGGAAAGUUGAAUCAUUGUUCCAGAUUUGUGUAAGGGUACUGCAAGAUAAUAUUGAUG